GUCCACGAUGUUGGGGCCCAGCUCAUUUGCGGUGGGCUCAAGCACCGCGCGGCGUCCUGCGGGCAGUGCCUGGUCAGUGGUGCGGGGAGCCCUCCUGGGGUCCACCGGUGGUGUCAUGACUCCACCGUCGCUGCGCCAAGGCCUGCCAGCUUCCCUCACGGGCUUGGGCGGUGCUAACAUCCAGCGGAAUGCGUCCAUCAGCCGGAAUGCCAGCACCGGGACGUGCGCUCCCGCGCACGGUGCAAGCCGGAUGCAGUCCCUCCAAAGUGCCCUUCCUGGCCGGCCCCACCACACCCGCAGCAUGUCCGGUCAGGGCCACGGGGUGAACCAGACCCCGUCCCUGCCACCUGGCCCUGCCGUCUCGGGCCUGCCGCAGCUACUUGCGGCGGCACCCGUUGGUGCGGCAGGAGGCACCCUGUCGCAGCUGCUGGAGCAGCUGCCCGCGUACGGGAAUGACGUGGACGUGCCCUACGGUGGCGACCUCGCCGUGGUCCUGCGCUACGUGGAGGGCCUGACGACGGAAUUCAGGAGCAACGAGAAGCUGCUGGCGGUGGAGGCCAAGAUGGUGGUCCACUCCAGCGACCCAAGCUUGAAGGACAGGCAGGAUCACGUGCAGGCCACCGCAAGUUGGAUCCAGAUUGCCGAUCCUUAUGCUGGUGGGGGCUGGCUGGGUGGGGCAGCUGGAAGCACCGGAGGAGGCGCCGCAAGCCGCGUUGACUUGCGCGCGUACGAGGAGACCUUCCGCGACAUCCCCGCCUCAGCAGAGUUGCAGAUUGACUUCUCCAUCGCAAAGGGCACGUACCAAACGCACGUUGGCGGCACCUUUGGCUCGCAGGCGCAUGCCCACUACACAGCGAUGCCCCUGCAGGGAACUACCAGCGGUAGCCAUGCUGCUGCAGGCAUGACCCCUAGGCCAGCAUCUACGAGCACGGGCGCACAGGUGGCCAUCAGCAGUGGGCAGUUUGCGGGAUGUGUGCGGGUGCCACUGCUGCUGACCUUGGGUCGCGAGAAGCACCAGGAGUGGCGGCUGCCGCUGGAACGCAAGUCAGGCUCUCAGCGCAUCCGUGGCUAUGUGGUGGUGUCCUUUGAGUGGAGCUUCACCAACGAGGGCUUGCUCAUCCGUGAGGUGGCAGCACUCGAGCGCAUCAUGGCGGAGAAGAUCGAGCUGCUGGCGCUGCUCAACCCGCUGCCAGCUACAGCCACCACCGCCUUCGUCCGCCCACCCGGUAGCAGCGGCAGCAGCAGCCCCGCUGAGGCCGCCGUUGCCGCUAACGGCAGCAGCGGCAGCGUCGCCAGCAUCACGGAGGAAGCCGGCGGCUUUGGUGGUGAGGGCAGGUCGCUGAAUCUUGGCGCCGAGGGUGCCACCACGGCACUACCCCGUGCGCUGCCUGCCAAGCGGACGGCCAAGGCCAUGUCGGAGUCGUACUACGUGAACCUGGAGGUGUCGGUGCUGGAGGUGACGGGGCUGCUGCCGCGGGAGGGUGUGCGCGCCAACAUCGCAGCAUCACUGCAUGGGCGGCAGCAGGCUGGCAUGGUUGCGACUGCUAUGCUGCCCCGUGCGGUCGUGUCCAUGACGUGUGCUGGCGAGAAGCGGACAGCGCCGGCGGGUGUGAACUCGGUGCACCCGCGCUUCCCCAAGAACACAAACACGUUCCAAAACGUGCCGCUGGGCUCAAAGGUGCACAUGCAGGUGUUGGACCAAGUGAGCAGCUCCUACACGCGGCUCCUUGCUGAAGCCGAGAUGCACGUCUCCGACAUCCCCGGCACAGACCCGCUGUAUGCGUGGCUCUCGCUGCCGCGCCGCAAGCGCAACCGGUCGCAGCGCUCGCUGGCGCUGCUGGCGACCAUGGAGGAGGAGGGGGAAGCCGAGGUGCAGGUGCUGGUGCGGAUCAAGAUCCACAAGCCGCAGGUGCAUGGCGUGCUGGCUGCGGUGACCUUGGAUAUGGCGGGUGUGGGGCUGUGCGCCAAGACCAACUUGGAGGAGCUGUUCAACUUCACCAUCCAGAAGGUGCGCGCAUCUCUUGUGCAGACGCGCACGGAUCUGCAGGUUACGUCUGCCGUACAUGCAAUCCAGCUGGACAACCAGAUGCUCGAGGCCAAGAAUCCGGUGGUCCUGGCGCCAGCUGACGGCUCACAGUCGAGCAGUGUAGCACACGCCCGCCGGCGGCACAAGGCUCGUCUUGCUCGCCGCGCCGAGGGCCCCAACCCCAUCCUGCGCUUGGGGCACCAGGACCCCUCCGUGCAAGACCCGCUCAUCACCUUCCAGAUUACGUACAACCAGGCAAGCAGCAACCAGGCAAACGACGUGAACGCCUAUGGCUCGCAUGACAACGUGGGCAUUCUGGCGUUCAAGAAGGUGGUGCUGGAGCUGGGGCCGCUGGACUUCUCCGCUGACCAGGAGUUCAUCGAGGGGGUCAUUGCCUACCUGCAUGCCAUGCCCCUGGCGGACUUGUACCAGAACGAGGCUUGGCAGAAGCAAAUCGACGCGAUGCAGGGUGGCGGUACGGCAGGACAUGCCGAGGAGGCGGUGCACGUUUCGGGGCAACGUGACAAGCCGCAGGAGGACGCGCUUGUGUGGCUCCUGAAGAAGGAGGCCUCGGAGCUGGAACUGUUGCGUGGCCAGAGCUCCAUGUGGUUCUACCUGGAGGAGUUCUACCUCUCGGACAUAUUCAUUAACGUGACGCUGGCGCUGUCAAGCAGCUUUAACGCGGGAGUUGGCGGCGCGCCCUCCACCACAUCCGCAGCCGGCUCGGAGAGCGAGCGGCAGCGCACGAUGCUUCGCGGCUUCCUGUCGCGCGUGUCGGGCAACAAUGGCUUCCAGCUCAUCAACGUCACCAACGCGCCCAUCCAGCUGGAGUACGUGUCCUUCCAGAACCGCCUGUACAACCGCGUCUCGCUGGUCAACACGCUGUGGCGCCACUACUCGUGGAUUGCCAUAGCGCAAGCACGCAAGGUGCUGGGAGGUGCAGGUCCCGCCAUCGCCGCCAUCCCCGCCUCACUGCUCUGGGCAAGCUUGGCGCUGGUGGAUUUGGGCCAGGAUGUGGCAGCGAAGCGCGUCAGGCCGCACCAGGUGCCCAUGCGCAUCGGCUACGUGCUCUUCACGCUUUCGGGCCAGGUGGUGGGCGUGCUCAGCCGCACCAUGUGCGCCGUGAUGGGCGUGCUGCCGCCUCGCUUCUCCUCCGACAGCAUGACCCUCACCGACUCCGAGGCUGCGAGGCGCUUCGCCGUGAAGCCGCAGACGGUCAUGGAUGCGCUGUACCUGGGGCAGCGUGACGUGGU